GAAUGUGUGCAUGUGAGCUUCUCCAACUCAAAACUUUUAAACUUUUAUUUAUGAAGUAAGGAGGGCACCAGGAAAUAUAUCACACAACAAAACCGUAACGGUAACUCCACAGACCGAUGAGAACAGCGUUUAAGUGUUACACUAGUAGUUGUCUUCGUUGACGCGCAGUCCAACUUUCGAAACAGUUCACUUCGUGAUCAUCCUCAAAUCCAAACAUCGGGGUUGAAUGCGCCGGUCUGCUAAUCGUUGUGGUUUAAUGAUUGCAUAAUGAAUGUACAAUACUAGAGUGAGCCUUACAUGACCAACAGUUGAGUUUCCUCAGAAAACUCAUGGACCCCAAUGGAGCCACAGAGGGUCCUAGGCCAGAUGGGGGACGCUUCAAUAAUUUAAGGACAGUUGUGGAAACCAGGGUCAAGCAUAAUGGCAGGUCAAGAGUAAAAGAAACUCCGUUCCACCUAGUCAGCACACGACCUCGUGUUUCUCCGCUAAGGUUGGAAUCUCCUGGCACCCUGCUCUUUGGCACAAUCGGACAACUAAAUGCUCGGCUUCUUCAGAAGGAUGUACAUGUUGCAACAUCAGUCGAAAGCACAGACGCCCAGGCGUCUGAUACAAGGACUGACUGCGCCACGUCAAGUAAAAAUACCCAAACAAGUACACGUGGAGAGGAGCCUGCUGAGAGUAAAAUAAAGUUCGACCUGGCAGACGAGCAGCCUUCUGCCGCACCUGAGGCCACAGAGAUUUGUCUUAAAGAUGGUGAAGAGAGAUUUCCCUUCAUUUCCACUAAACCACACUCAGCUGUGAAGAAGAAGAAACGAAAGAUGGGACUCUACAACUUUGCCCCCAAAAAGAAGACAAAGCCCCUGAAACACCUGCAAAAAAAGUAUGAUUCUCACAACAUAGUGCAGAUGAGCCAUGUUGGAGAAGAUGAGAUAUCUGUGAUUACAAAAUCAGGAAGUGCCUCAAGUAUGCAAAGUGAAUCUUUCAUUGAAGCACAAUCUGGAGAACCAAACCAUGUUGAAUACACAGAGCUGAAUUUAGCCUGCCUUGAUCUGAAAAGUCAGGAAGAACUACUACUUCUGCCACACUCAACAGAACUUGCUCAGGCGACAGAAUCAAACCUGAAUGAGGAGUUACCAUUGUGCUGUUGUCGUAUGGAGACUCCUCCCUAUAAAGACAGAUUGUCUGAAAAGGUUCAGACCUGUAUGGCCAUGGAGAGCGCAGAUGGAAUGCCGAAUCGCUGUCAGAGACGCGCGAUGAAGCAUGAAAUGAUGAGACCUUCCAAUGUCAUCAGUUUGCUGGUUCUGUGUGAGAAUCACCGGGCCAGCAUGGUUAAACACCAAUGCUGCCCUGGCUGCGGACUCUUCUGUCGUGUGGGCACCUUCAUGGAGUGCCAGCCCCAUGGUAACAUUUCCCACCGCUUUCACAAGGACUGUGCCUCAGUUUUAAAGGAUCGCAGGUUUUGUCCCCACUGUGGAGAGGAUGCCAGUGGUGCAAAAGAGAUCACAGUGCCCUCACCCCCCCUCCAAAGAUCAAACGGAGGACCAUCACUUCCAUCUCCUCUGCCAAAACCUGCUACACAGAUACUCAGGGCGAAAAAGACUUGCGAGCCACAAAGGAAUAGAGUGCCGUACUUCAGCAGUGGCACUGCAGGCACUGCAGGCACAUGUCCGAAUGAAUCUCUAGAGAGUAUACUGAUGGGACUAGAUGAUGAAAACCUGACACCAACAAAAGUCACAUACCCUACUGGACAGCUCUACAUUUCUGCAGAAGGAGGAGAACUCCAGAGGGUCAUUCAUCUGUUAGUUGAUGGAAAGGAUCCCAACAUUCUGAUAGAUUCGCAAAACAAGCGAACACCCCUACAUGCUGCUGCUGCGGAAGGGCAUGAGGAAAUUUGCCACAUGCUAAUCCAGGCUGGAGCCAACCUGGAGAUGUUUGAUGAAGAGCAGAGAACACCCCUGAUGGCAGCUUGUGAAAAUAACCAUUUAGAUACAGUGAAGUACCUGGUUAGUGCUGGAGCAGCUAUUAACCACAAGGAUGUAAUGGGUUUCACCUGUCUGCAUCUGGCUUCUAAACUGGGACAUUAUGACAUUGUGCAACAUCUUCUCUCAAGGACAUCCAAGUACAUUAACUGUCAGGAUUACGGCGGAUGGACACCCAUCACCUGGGCAAUCGAGCACAAGCACAAGAAGGUGUUCUACCUGUUGCUGGCCAAUGGGGCAGACGUUAACAUCAGAGACAAGGAACAGAACAUCUGCCUGCACUGGGCAGCUUUAUCGGGGUGUGCUGACGUCACUCAGGCUUUGCUGGAUGCACGGUGUGACAGAAAUGCUGUCAAUAUUCAUGGGGACCUGCCAGUUCAUGUAGCUGCCAGAGAAAACCACCUGGAAUGUGUCAUGUUGUUUUUGUCGAAUGGAGUUAACCUCAAUCUGAGAAACAGAGAAGGACAAACUGCCUUGGACUGUUGCAUCAAUGGCUCAAACGUUUGGAUGGCCCUUAACGCAAGCAAAAAGCUGACUGAUACCAGAAGGAACCGAGACUCUUUUGGUGAGCAGGUGCUCAUAAGAGAUAUUUCUCGAGGGUAUGAAAAAGUUCCCAUAAACUGCGUCAAUGGUGUUGACAACGAGCCAUAUCCUGCAAACUUUAAAUACAUACCAGACAACUGUGUCACUUCCCUGGUGAACAUCAACAAGGACAUAACUCACCUGCAGCAUUGCAGUUGCACAGAUGACUGCUCAUCCAGUACCUGCACUUGUGGUCAGCUCAGUCUGCAAUGUUGGUAUGACAGUGAGGGCCGCCUGUUGCUGGACUUUUGUCAGCAGGAUCCUCCAGUGCUGUUUGAGUGUAACCACGCCUGUUCAUGUUGGAGGACCUGCAAGAAUCGAGUUGUUCAAAAUGGACUGAGAGUCCGUCUUCAGCUCUUCAAAACAGAGAAAAUGGGCUGGGGAGUGAGAGUCAUGCAGGAUGUCCCUCAGGGGACAUUUAUUUGCGAGUAUGUUGGUGAGAUCAUAACCGACAUGGAGGCUAACACAAGAGAGAAUGAUUCUUUCCUCUUUACACUCAACGAUAAGGUAGAUGACAUACAUUGCAUUGAUGCAAGACUUUUUGGGAACAUUGGCCGCUUCAUUAACCAUCUGUGUGAGCCCAACCUAUUGCCUGUGAAGGUAUUCACCAUGCAUCAGGAUUUGCGAUUCCCUCGGAUUGCUUUCUUCUCCAGCAGAGCCAUUAAAGCUGGUGACCAGAUCGGGUUUGACUAUGGCGAUCACUACUGGAUGGUGAAGAGUAAAUACUUCAGCUGCGAGUGUGGCUCACCCAAGUGUCGCUACGAUUUUUCAACCUCGACAUCGAUGACCACAUCAUAGUACAGCUGGAGUGUUUCUUCCUCUCUCUUUCUGUAUAUGUGACGCAUUACGUGCCAUAUCGCUGGCGUCGGGCCCAAACAUCCUGUCAAAAGUUGGCAAAGCACAAAUCUACACUAUUGGUCAGUCCACGAGUGCGUUGGGAUAUUUUUUUUACAAAUGAUUGAACAGUUUAGUGUUGAUGUGGCUUGCUCUCUUUGACGAUGCAAUGUUCGUGGCUGCGCAACCUGUUUAUUUGAUCUUGUGAAGUGAUGAUCUUGGAGGUGCCAGGAUUCCGCCAGAUGCCAGUGAUGUUUAAGCUAUUCGAUGCAUUUUUUUUCACAUUUUUUUGUGUGUAUUUGAUUUUUCUGUAUAGUUAAAGACACAUGAAUUGUCUUACAAACUUAUCACAGUUACAAUAAAUUUGACAUCUUUUGCAUCUUGAAAGUAUUCAGUGCUUUACGUUUUCCACAUUUUGUUACAGCCUCAUCCCAAAAUUUAGUCAAUUUCUGCCAGUAUUCUACACACAACCCAAUUACUUACCAUUUUUUUCUAGUUUAUUUUUAAAAAAUCACAUGAGCAUAAGUACUCAUAGUGUUUGCCACAAAGUACAAAAUUGAAUUCGGGUCCAUCUUGGUUCCGUUGAUUAUCUUUGAGAGGUUCCAACAGUUUAAUCGGAGUCCGCCUUUGCUAAAUUCAGUUGCUUGGACAUGAUUUGGAAAGGCACACACCUCUAUAUGGGUGACGGUAUAUGUCAAAGCACAAGCAAGCAUGAAAGCCAAAGGAAUUGUCUUGAGCAACAAAUUUGGGUAUGGGUACACAAAAAUGUUUGAUGCUUUGAAGGUUCCAAUGAGCAUAGUGGCCUCCAUCAUCUGUAAAUGGAAGGCGUUCUGAAGUGUUAACUUGAAUAAUAACUCCACUUGUAUGAUGAUUGAAGAAUUCUUUGUUUCACAGCCACUCACCUUGACCAACAGUACGAUAACUGAACUCACCCCCCAAAACCCGUGCUCACAUUACCCCUCGUUGAGGCAACACUGCCCCCUAGCAGUGUGUGGUAUUGUGAAGGUUAUUACUAAAAAUAAAACAACAUUAAGCACCAGGACUAUUCUGAGAGCGUGUCACCAGUUUAAACAGAACAAUUAGGGAAUAAGGGCUGUAAUGGGAAUUUGACAUCUAACAGUGCUGAAAUGUGGGUUAACUGUUCGUGCCAUUGAAUGCCGACCAGUUAUUUUGCAGAGAAGCAAAGUUGCUCGCUCAUGCACUAGACUGCAUUCUGUGUAGCUGCUCAAAAUGCUGAUUGUGCUUCACGCCCUGACCUUAACCCCUCCCAAAGAGAGAAAAUGAGAUAACAAGAGAGCGCAAUUCCAAUUGCUGAUUUGGGUCUUUUGGCUCCGAUCUAGAAUUUCGAUGAGUUUAAUAAUUAUUUUAUUUUAUCUCAUUUCAGGUCUCGAGAAGACUGAAAGUGGGGGAAAAUGGGUGACUCAUAUAAAUAAAUAAUAUUGAGGUCUUAUAUUUUUUGUUACAUUUUUAACAGUAGCUUGAACAAAGUAUUAUCUCUGACUUUAGUUUUCAAAACUUGUGAUCCAUCAAUUGUAUAUGUAAUAAUACGAUGAGAUGAUUAAACAUUUAUUUGGUUUCACAGUCAUAAAAGCCCUCUGAGGGUAGCCGAAACUACAUUGGGGCCCGCCGUAAAAUGACGAACACCCCUGUUACAGGGUGUUAUGUGUAGAAUUUUGAGGCAUUAAAAAAAUGAUUUAUUCUGUUUUGGUAAGAGGCUGUAACAAUAAAAUAUAGAAAAAGUGAAAUGUCCAUAUGUAUACAGGGUGACCCCCCAAAAAAACAGGCCCCAACUCUAAUUAGGCCCCGUUUCUGAGUGUUUUGUCCGAAUGAAAUGAAACUUUGGCCAUAACUAGUUUAUAUUCAAAACAUCACAUCAAAACACUUGGGUCUUUGGACUUUUUUUUUCUCCGUUCUACAGCAUCACAUCAAAACACUUGGGUCUUUGGACUUUUUUUUUCUCCGUUCUACAGCAUCUUGACUGCCAUAGCCCGCAUCUGCUUCUUGUCUGAGGCUGUAAGGGUCUGCAGCGUCUGUAUUCUGUAUUGGUAAGCCCUGAUAUGGUUCACCAGCACUCUCCUGCAAGUCUCACGGGAAAUACCGAGGGACUGACUUCGCUUACGCACAGAGCGUUUCAGACUCUGCUGGAGAGACUGUCUCACUCUUUCAACCAGCUCGGCUGUUCGCUUCUUGGGAGGUACCGAGUGUCUUGGACGCUUCUCACUGGCAGCAUUGAGGUUUUCCACAGUCCCAUUCUUCUCGAAGUGGUCCACCCAGUUCUGAAUUCUGCUUUUGGAUGGAGCCUUUUCACAUUCGAACUGACGCAUGAAACUGUCCUGGGUUUUCUUAAACGAGCCUGUCUUGUAGUAAAAUUUAACAACAGUGUAUUCUUUGUCCCAGCUCCCACUGGGGUCUUGGUGUACUCACGGUCAUUGAUUCUGCCAUGUCCUGAAAAUAAGGGCAAUCGGUGAAUAAAUAAAGGAGAUAUCACAUAAAGUGUA